AUGAGCCACAGGAAGAUUCAUUCACAGGGUUAUGUGCCGUUUUCCUGGGAAGAGAAGCCCGGAAUCUCCAAGUUCAACCACCAAAAGACGUCCUCGGACGUGAACCUAACCGAUAUGAAACUCCUGCCCGAAAAUUCCAGUGGGGCCCACAACAUUAAAGUCACCCCACCUCCUCCGUGCAAUUCUCGGCCGUCGACUACAAGCUUCUCAAGAAAGGGGUCGUGGUGGCUGGACGACCCUUUUCUUGCCGCUUUAACUUCGUGCACAAAAGGUGUUCCGGAAAAGGAGCCGAGUAAGGGGAAGAAUGUAAUCGGGAAGAGGGCCGGCGUCUUCUCAUGCAAGCAUUCGUGUGAUGUCGAAAAAGAUAGUUUCGUGAGGCUUACAAAGCUUCCUCCCAUUCCGAAGGAGAGGGGGAUGGAGUCGGGCGUGGCUCGGGCGACUCGCGACCUCUGUAUCGUCGUCGUUGGGGCUGAGAUGAAGACUUUGCCCCUUCUCCAUUUGUGCUCUGUCGUCUGUGUAUGGGUGGAGGACCGGUGCUUUCGAGUUCUGCUAGUGGUGUUAGUGGGAUCGAGACAACAGUUGUGUGGGGGGUCCCGUCGGAGUUUCUCCGGCUAG